AAAUAAAAACAAAUAAAUGCGGAAAAUCAACGCUCAGACAACUUCCAUUGUUACACACUAACACCAUUACCAUUUACCACCAUUUCUUUCUCUCUCUAAUAAAAUUCCAUUUCUCUUCCUUUUUCUCACUCUAUUUUGUUCUCCCACAAUUUUUCCAGAUUUUUAGGGUUUUGUUUUUUCCGCUGAUUUGUCAGUUCAAUUUUACAACUUGAAGUUUAAGGAAUUCAUUAACUUUGCUAGAUUUAUAAAUCUUGAACUAUCAUACUUCGUUAAGUUACUUUAAUGGUGGACAUUUUUGUUACAAUUCCGAGCUUACUUACUGUAGUUAAUGAGUUAUAGUGUUUGUUGAAGAAAAAAGAUUCGUUGUUUUAACUGAGGAUUUGAUGCUGAUAAUUUGAGGUGCUACCUUCUGAAUUUGUUUCCUUUGUGUACUCCAAGCGCAGUUGAUAUUAGUACAAUCGGUGCUGUUGAACAUAGCUGCAGUGUUGUUGAAGAUUUUGGGUGCUGUUCAGCUUGAAUUCUGUUGCUAUGAUAAGAUAUACCUGUAUAACUUAGUGAACUCGGCUUAGAUAUCUUUUUUGAGUAUCUGCAUUCGACUUUUGAUUAGUGAAGUAGCUGGAACAAAACUAUGCCUUCAUGGUGGGGCAAGUCAUCAUCAAAAGAAGCAAAGAAAAAAACAGGUGAUGAAACCAUCCUUGACACAUUACGAAGGAAAUUCAGAAGUCCAUCUGAUGUGAAGUUAGAUAGUAGCUCAGGAGCAUCUCGAAGGCAUUGCAUUGACACUGUCUCCGAGAGGGGUGCUCAAUCUAGGGCAGAAUCUCGAUCUCCUUCUCCUUCCAAGGAUUCUAAACGUGUUGGGAGGUGUCAAAGUUUUGUUGAAAGGCCUCUUGCCCAGCCACUUCCACUUCCAGGCUUGCAUCCUGCCAAUGUUAGUCGUACAGAUUCUGGAAUCAGUCUGACAUCAAAGCCGAGAUUAGAAAAGAGCUCCAAGUCAUCAUUGUUUCGUCCCCUUCCAAGACCUUCCUGCAUCAGGAGCACUGCAGAUCAUUCUGAGUUGGACAAUGAUUUGGUUACUGCUUCUGUUUCUAGCAACAGUUCAGUAGAGAGUGAUGAUUUGACGGAUUCUCGGCUGCGCAGUCCGCAAGCAUCUGAUCUUGAUAUUGGGCCAAGAACUGCUGCUGGAAGCCCUUCUAGUGUCAUGCUCAAAGAUAAUUCACCAAAAUCUGCCCAGAAUAAUUCUAUAGAAGCACUUAGACCUGGGAGCAUUCCGUUAAGCAAACAAAAUACUACUGCCUCUACAAGAAGAAGACCUCUUGGCAAUCAUGUGCCCAAUUUGCAGGUACCUGCUCAUGGUGCUUUUUACAGUGCUCCUGACAGCUCGAUGUCCAGUCCCUCAAGAAGCCCAAUUAGAACACCUAACUCUGAACAAGUUUUGAACACUGCUUUCUGGGCUAGUAAACCUUAUCCUGAUGUCACUUUACUUGGAUCUGGUCACUGCUCUAGUCCAGGCUCAGGCCACAACUCUGGCCACAAUUCCAUGGGAGGGGAUAUAUCAGGACAGCUGUUUUGGCAGCAACCAAGCAGAGGUAGCCCUGAGCAUUCUCCAAUACCUAGUCCAAGAAUGACUAGCCCUGGGCCAAGCUCUAGAGUUCAGAGUGGUGCUGUUACUCCGAUACAUCCUAGAGCUGCAGCCUCAGGUUCUGAGACACAUGCAAGCUGGGGUGAUGAUGGAAAACAACAGAGUCAUCGUUUACCUCUUCCACCAGUAGCAAUUCCUAGUCCUUCCCCAUUUUCUCAUGGAAAUUCAGCAGCCACAUCUCCCUCUGUUCCGAGAAGUCCUGCUAGAGGGGACAAUCUUCCGAGCCCCACCUUGCGGUGGAAAAAGGGAAGGUUACUUGGUAGAGGAACUUUUGGACAUGUAUAUCUUGGGUUUAAUAGUGAAACGGGUGAAAUGUGCGCGAUGAAGGAGGUGACACUGUUUUCUGACGAUCCAAAAUCAAAGGAAAGUGCUAAGCAGCUUCAACAGGAAAUUUCUUUGUUGAGCCGCCUACGACAUCCAAAUAUUGUGCAGUAUUACGGUUCAGAAACUGUUGGUGAUAAACUCUAUAUAUACUUGGAAUUUGUGUCUGGUGGGUCUAUCUAUAAGCUUCUUCAAGAGUAUGGACAGCUCGGUGAACUUGCAAUACGUAGUUAUACUCAACAAAUACUUUCUGGACUUGCAUACCUCCAUGGGAAAAAAACUGUUCAUAGGGACAUUAAAGGAGCAAAUAUACUUGUUGAUCCUAAUGGACGUGUUAAGUUGGCAGAUUUUGGUAUGGCAAAACAUAUUACAGGACAAUCAUGUCCGUUGUCAUUGAAAGGAAGCCCUUACUGGAUGGCACCUGAGGUUAUAAAAAAUUCAAAUGGUUGUAACCUCGCUGUUGAUAUUUGGAGCCUUGGUUGUACUGUCUUAGAGAUGGCAACAACCAAACCACCUUGGAGCCAAUAUGAAGGGGUUGCUGCUAUGUUCAAGAUAGGUAACAGCAAAGAAUUACCGGCUAUUCCUGAUCAUCUUUCUGAGGAAGGAAAAGAUUUUGUGAGGCUAUGUUUGCAACGAAAUCCAUAUCAUCGCCGAACAGCAGCUAAAUUACUAGAGCACCCAUUUGUCAAGAAUACUGCUCCUCUGGAGAGGCCUUUGCCAACCCCUGAGCCAGCUGAUUCAACUAGUCUUCCAAAUGGGAUGAGGAAUUUGGGGGUUGGAUUUGAGAGGAAUCUAUCUGGUUUGGACUCAGAAAGACUUGCUGUUCAUUCAUCCAGGGUUUCACCAGCUCGACCUCGCUCCAGCGAGUAUCACAUCCCACGGAACAUAUCUUGUCCUGUUUCUCCAAUCGGUAGUCCACUUUUACAUUCAAGGUCACCUCAGCAUCUUAAUGGUAUGAUGUCUCCUUCUCCUAUAUCCAGCCCACGAGCCACUUCUGGCUCGUCAACACCCCUUACUGGUGGUAGUGGUGCAAUCCCAUUUCAUCUCUCACAACAGUCACUUUACAUGCAAGAUGGUUUUGGAGCCAUGCCAAAGUCCCCCAACAGUGUUUUUCUCAACGGACCAUGUUACCAUGAUCAUAACCCAAACAUUCUUCGAGGAAUGCAAUCUGGACCCCGUGCUAUGAUGACACCAGUGAGUUCUGAAAGUGAAAUUCGUGUGAAGCAGAUUGAAAGAGAAAGACCCUAUCAAGGGGGCCCAUGUAAUGGACGGGCAUUAUUGGCUGAUCGUGUAUCCCAGCAGCUCUUGCGGGAGCAAGUUAAGCUAAAUCCUUCAGUGGAAUUCAGCCCCCGCUCAACGUUGCCUAGUCGGACCCAUGGCCUCUAGCCUCAUAUCCUGCCCGAUACCAAAUAAUUUUAAAUGCAUUGGUCCUCAGACGUUAAAGGGAAAUUGGGGAAUCAUUGGUGAAUUCAGACAGUGCUGCUGGUUAUGGCACCUGGGCGCCUUCAUUGUAUAUGCUGGAAUGAGUUCCGUUUUCCCUGUUGCUGGAACCAUGAUAGCUCGGGGUUUUCACAGCUCAAAUUGGUUAUGCGGAAGUGGUUUUGGAGCACCGUACAGUUAGCUUCCGUGUGUUACUCUUACACAUGCAGAACUCUGCUAUCUCAUUCAACAGACUCCAAAAGCAGCUUAGCAAAGGUAGCCCUACAGUUUCCAAGAGAAGUUUGAAGUUUCGUAUGGACCUGCGUUUUUCUAGGUCAAUUUCAGACGAGUUAGAAUGAAGCUGGGAUUUUUUUCAAUGGUCUAAUAUUUUGUACAGGAGCCUAAUUUGGAUAUACAAC